UGGAGUCUUGUAAAAAAUAAAAAUAAAAAUAGCAAAGGUUAGUGAACCAAGAUCUUACCUUUUUUUUAACGUAAUCGAUCUAAAUUCACCUGAUGGUGCAUGCAAUCAUUUCUAAAGUUGACCUACUUACGACCCCAUUAACAAGUAUUGAAAGUUUUUAAAAAAUACAUCUGAAAAGGACAGAUUAUAAAUCUAUAAUUGCCAAUGAUCAGUGCUUGAAAUCAGCCAUAAGAAAAACACCACUGUACCUUUAAAUUUCGUGACGUCAGGUUUUCGUGUCGUAAACCUACCAGAACUGGCGUAAAAUAAUUAACUACUGUAUAAAUAAAUCACAUGGUGGCAACAUGUUUUCUGCGCUAUCAACAACAACUUUACGUUUGUUUCGGCAUGCUUUCAUUAGAGGUGUUCGAUAGGUGAGAAAGCGCAAUAUUAUUCAGCCCUCACAUGUAGCUCACACACUCGUCCUUGUGUUUGGGUUUGCGUGUGUUCCGAGUUUGCACCAUGUUUGUGUUAGUGGAGAUGGUGGACAUAGUCCGGAUCCCUCCGUGGAACUUUGACAGACCGCUCAACGAGGCUGUUUCCGAAGAGCUGAACAAAAAGCUGGCUAACAAAGUGGUCUACAAUGUCGGCCUCUGCAUCUGCUUGUAUGACAUCACAAAACUGGAAGAUUCCUACAUUUUCCCAGGGGAUGGUGCCUCGCACACUAAGGUUCAUUUCAGGUAUGUUGUUUUCCACCCGUUUCUGGACGAGAUACUGGUCGGCAAGAUCAAGUAUUGCAGUCAGGAGGGCGUUCAUGUGACCAUGGGCUUCUUUGAUGACAUUCUCAUCCCACCAGAGUCUCUUCAACAACCCACUAAAUUUGAUGAAGCCGAGCAAGUUUGGCUUUGGGAAUAUGAGACAGAUGAAGGCGCACACGACCUCUACAUGGACCAGGGAGAGGAGAUCCGCUUUCGAGUGGCGGAUGAGGUAUUUGUGGAUACGUCACCAACGGGCCCGACGACUGACACGCCAGCAGCCAAACCUGGCCAGCAGCCGGCUCCGCCGGCGGCACAAGAUGCCGGCGAGAAGAAAGAAGCGCCAUAUACUCUCAUAGGGACCAUUUGUGAGCCAGGGCUGGGGCUGCUGUCAUGGUGGAACAACUAGCAGGAAGAGGCGAUUAUUUGGACGAUCAUCAUCAUCGGUCCGGGAGACUUGUGGUUGGAUCAAAAUGAGCAAAUUUAGCAGACUAAAACUGAACAUUGGUGACGGAACACAGUGACGGAUCGCACGGAGGAAAAUCUUGGGCAAAAUCCACCUGCAUCAUGUUUAUUAUGAAUUCAUCUUCGUGGUAUCUUCCAUGCGAAAUGAUCCACAAGUAUAUCCUCCUUUAGUUAUUAUAUUUCACAUUGGUCAGCACUAAUCAAUGAACUAAGUAAUUCAUUAAGUCAAGUAAGUAUACUAAUAAGAGUGGGUGUGAUAUUAAGAAAAAAAAACCCAAAUUGGAUCAUUUCCUUUUUUUCCUCUCUUUUACGUUGGAUUCCAACAAAAGUUGGAGUUUUUACCGUUGGAGCGGUCCACUUCUGCCAUGUCGCCUGGUGUUUGGUGUGCCUAACUGGGACUUAAUCGUGAUGACUUUAGGCAAUACUGUAUGCGAGUGACGUGUUUAUUUGAUUAAAUCAAAAAGUAGAUAAACUCAGAGGUGAUGAAUUAAACCCACAAGUAUGCUUUUCUGUAAUGUUUAAUGUCUUUUUGGAAAGUAUUGCUUGUCUCUUCCAAAUAACGAAUCCCCACCGAGGGAGAAGAUGAUAAACGCACACCCCGUCACUUCCUGCAAUUAAUAAUCCCAUUUAAACUCUCUUAAUUAUGCAGAUUAAUAACUACAUAUUUUCUUCACUAAUACGCCUCGUCGCCGUGCGCUUACACCACGGAAGAGAUGUUCAAAAGUGAACAGCGAGCGCACUUAACGACGCAUCACAUCCCCUCACAAGGUGGAGGAGCGCAUUGCGCAUGCGCACUUUCGCAUCACGCCAUCGGAAACCACCGCCAGCUGCGCACGCCCGCCGUCACAUCGGGUUUUCCCACUUAUUUAUUUAAUUUGACCCUUAUAUAAUGCCACGCAUCCACUCAACGCACACAUUGGCACAGUGAGCCGACCGUCCAACCAGCCGGUGGGUCCGCUGCUGUAAGUAACAUUUCGUCUUCACAAUGCAUCGUGGUCGUGGGAGAGGCAAAGUGGGGGAGCCUUUGUUUUUGGAUGGGCACGGCUCGUUGGACAGGAAGUGAAAAUAGCCUUCAAAUAUCGUGUAGGGAUUGCCUAGUGUGACUGUUUAGAGUCUUAUAUUGCUAGUCAUCAGAUUCUCUUUUUAUACCAUCCGUAAUUUACAGCGAGAGUCUGCUCGAAACGAGAUGAAAGCAAAUAUUUUGUAUCAUGUUUGCCAUGCAUUGGCUUGUUAAUCAGCUUUCCGACUCGCCCCGGUGUCAUUGUGUCACCGUUUGCCCCCUCCUGUCUUGUAUUAUUGUCGCUACUUUCAAAUAAAGAGAAAUAAUGUGA